GUCCCUGCCGUAUAAAUAUGGCUCUGCAGCUCUGCUCCACACAACAACUGCUUUACAAGAUAAAUUAGUAUUUGCUCCUUACAAAGACAACUUGUACCUUUUUAACAAUGCUGAACGGGAUCUUCUUUGUGUGCCUGUCUCUCAGUCUGUACAGUGCAGGCUCCUCGCUGAGCUGCAGAUGGAUGACUCAUAAAUUCAGACAGCACAGUACAAACUCUUUGGAGCUAAUAGAUACGAUGGCUAAUAAUUCCACUAACACCACUGAGGAUGAAGUGGACUUCCCUAGUGAUCUAUACAGCCAGGCGUCCAAAAAAUCAGCUGAGGACAAACUGAGUUUCACAGUUCAGAUUCUGGAGGAGAUGGUUUCCCUGUUUGAGGAGGAUCACAGCGCUGCAUCAUGGGAGGAGAAGACAGUGGACCACUUUCUCAUUGUUGUAACCCAGCAGGCUGAUGGCCUCAAAUCCUGUAUUCGGGGCCACAGCCACAAGAACAAGAAGCUGCACAUGUAUUUCAAGAGACUCUCAGGCCAUGUCCUGAAACGAAUGGGCCACAGUGCUGAAGCCUGGGAGCUGAUCAGGGAGGAAAUGAAAACCCAUCUGAUCCGAGCAGAACAGCUGCUGUUAUAGAACAGCUGGUGUUAUCUCUGCUGCCCAACUAAAAUCUGUCACGUUAACAAUGUGUUAAUUUAUUUGCUCACAUGCAGUCUCUAUUUAUCUGUUUAUUAACAUAUUCAUUUA